AUGUCUGUGUUACAAAGGAGUGAUUCCACCCUUAUUCGAGAGGUGUACGCGGAAAAUCUGGAGGAAGAGUUCAGCGUGAUUCGUGGAAUUGUGGAGCAGUAUCCGUUUAUUUCCAUGGAUACAGAAUUUCCAGGCAUUAUCUACAAAGAAUGGAGAAGCACCGAAGAAGGAAAAUACAGUAAUUUCCGACGUAAUGUCGAUGUCUUAAAGCUUGUUCAACUUGGUCUGACCUUCUUCGAUGAGAAGGGAAAUUUGCCCUCCAUCGACGGACAACAUCUUUGCUGGCAGUUCAAUUUCCGAGAGUUCAAUCCGAAUCACGACCUUUCUGCGCCAGAUUCGCUGAGGCUGCUACACGAGAGUGGCAUCAAUUUUGCCAAAAAUAUGGAAAAUGGGGUCGAUGUGACAAGAUUUGACACUCUAUUUACGAUGUCGGGUCUGGUUCAAAAUGCAAGAAUGCGCUGGAUUACCUUCCACGGGGCCUACGACUUCGCCUUCCUAAUGAAGAUGCUGAUCGGCAGUUAUCUGCCCGAUUCGUUGGACAGAUAUCAGAGCCUGUUAAACACGUAUUUCCCGGUGAUAUAUGAUCUGAAAUUUAUGAUAAGUUUGACACCUUAUGAUGGUGGCCUAAGAGGGUUGGGACUUGCACUGAAUGUGGAGAGACUCGGGACUGCGCACCAAGCAGGAUCGGACAGCCUGCUCACAGCUGGUGUUUUCGUCAAGCAAGGGAGCGAUCGACAUGUAUGCUGGGAAGGUCUUUGUUUGGGAACAACUCAUGGAGACAACAGCGGAAACAUCAACGUCUUCAUCUAUGUGGAUCAACUGCUUAACCCUCUAGUGUGGACCAAAGGGGCAACUGGGGCAGAGGAACACUUAGAUGGGCGGAACGAGGAUAAAGGGAUUCUUGAGCAGCUGGAGGAUUUCGGUAAGGUUGUUGACGAUCUAGAAAAUAUUGAUGUGACCAAUCGAUGA